AUGUGCUCCCUCACCCGUGUGCUGGUGCUGCUGCUGGGCGCGCUGCUGUGGGCGCCGUGGCGGGCGCUGCACGGGGCGCCGCUGGCCGAGCUCUCGGGGGAGCAGGACUUCCAGCUCUUCCUGCAAAAGAACCUCGAGUUCACCCGCAAGAUCAAGGGGGACGUGGCUGCGCUGCAGAGCGUGGUGUGCAAAACCUUCCAGCUGUGCAAGGAGGAAGAGCUGCUGCUGGUGCGGCAGGACCUGGGCAUCGUGCAGGCGCCGCUGGAGCAGUGCCACAGCCGCACCUUCCAGGCGGAGGCCUGCUUCAGCCAGAUCCGCGACGGGCUCCGCACCUACCACGGCUCCCUCGCCACCAUCCUGGAGCUGCUGCCCAGGCACGCCGGCCUGGUGGAGACCCUGCAGCUGGACACGGCCAACCUCUCCUCCAACAUCCAGCAGCAGAUGGAGGACCUGGGCCUGGCCACGGUGACGUACCCCGCGGAGGGCCGGGGCCCCCUCCCCGCCUUCUCCUCCCGCUUCCACCAGCAGGUCGGCGGCUUCUUCAUCCUGGCCAACUUCCAGCGGUUCCUGGAGACGGCGUACCGGGCGCUGCGGCACCUCGCCCGCCUCUGA